AGCACUUGCCUGAGUUUCCGGCAGCACCGGGCUCGUGGAGUUCCCCGCGAUGUCUUGGUUUCGAGCGGCUGCAGUGAUCCCGAGCCCUGAAGACCAGGAUGUAUUUGACGAGGAAGCGGACGAGACUCUGUUAGUGCAGCGGGAAUGGCAGGGUCACAUGCGGAAACGAGUCCAAGAAGGUUACAGAGAUGGGAUAGAUGCUGGCAAAGCAGUUACUCUUCAACAGGGCUUCAAUCAAGGCUAUAAAGAGGGUGCAGACGCCAUUGUGAGCUACGGACUACUCAGGGGAACAUUGAGUGCUUUGCUUUCCUGGUGUCACCUUCAUGGUAAUAGUUCGACUUUGAUCAGUAAGAUAAAUAAUCUUCUGGAUGCCGUUGGCCAGUGUGAAGAGUGUGUGCUCAAACGUCUGAAGUCAGUUACGUCACAGCCACGAGUUACAGAUUUAUUGAACUCCAUUGAGGAUAUGGACCUUUGUCAUGUAGUUCCUGCUGACGAAGCGAGGGGUGACAGUAAUGCUCAGAUUAACACAGAUUCUGACAGGAGUCCAAACAGGAUAGAUUGUUCACAUCCAGAAUGUUGCAGAACACAGGAGCAUGCGCAUUUGGAAAAACCAAACCUCACUUGGAUUCUGGAACAGACAUCCAAUUUAGUGAAACAGCUUGGAGUAUCAGUAGAUAUAUUACAGCACCUGAGACAACUAUAAAAUUAUCUCCCCUUUCUAGUGGAUGUAAUGCUUGGAAUAUUACAUAGAGCAUUGUGUUCUAGAUAAGGUAACCACUGAUUGAACACUUCCCCUGUAAUUACCCUUUGUGGAAGUGUUAAGGUCUUCAGCAUUAACACUAAUAAAUGGAAUGGUGUUUGUCUUU